AUGGCCUCAUAAUUAUUGGAAAAGCUAUUUCAAAAUAAUCCUCAAUUGAAUGAAAUCUAAAGAGAUCACAUUUCUGAGACAUUAUAAUACUUAGAGAAACAUAAAAUAUCUUUAUUGUUUGAAGUAAAAGUUAAAAUGAUUAAUAUUAGGAAUUAUUAUCAUAAUUGAUAUUGGGGAUGGAUAACUAACCAAGAAAAACACUAUUAGAUGCACUAAAAAAUUAUAAAAAUUAAUAAUUCUUUGAAACAAGUGAUUAUGAAGUAAUGUUUGAACAUUUUGAUACAUUUAAUUAUAAAACAGUCAAAAUUGAUUCAAUCAAACAAGGAUUGUAAAUAAUUGGAAUUACAAAAUCAUUAGAGGAAAUAAAUUAAAAAUACUAAGCAAUUUUAAAAAAAGGAUUUGUCAAUAAAAAUGAAUUUGUUGAUAUUUUAAAAAGUGAGUAUAGUAAAAGAUGAA